AUGCUGCGCCGCAAACCCUCCAACGCCAGCGAGAAGGAGCCCACACAGAAGAGGAAGCUCUCACUUCAGCGCUCCAGCAGCUUUAAGGAUUUUGCCAAAUCCAAACCUAGUUCCCCAGUGGUGAGCGAGAAGGAGUUUAAUCUGGAUGACAAUAUUCCAGAAGAUGACCCGAGUGAGAAGAUGACUCCAGAGGAUACUGGGAAGAGCAGCAAAAAACUGGGGAAAAAAUGGAGGGCAGUGAUUUCGCGAACCAUGAACAGGAAGAUGGGCAAGAUGAUGGUGAAGGCCCUGUCAGAGGAGAUGGGAGACCCUCUAGAGGAGGGCUCUGCCUCCCCAACGUCUCCAGACUACAGCCUGGACAGCCCAGGGCCGGAGAAGAUGGGGCUAUCCUUUACUGAGCAGGAGGAGCGAGACACCCCAACGCUGAGCCGCCAGGCAUCCACAGGCAGUGAGCUCUGCAGUCCCAUCUCGGGCUCCAGCAGCUUCGGGGAGGACCCACCUGCCCCCCAGUACACAGGGCCGUUCUGUGGCCGGGCACGCGUGCACACAGACUUCACCCCCAGCCCCUACGACCACGACUCACUGAAACUGCAGAAAGGAGAUGUGAUCCAGAUCAUCGAAAAGCCUCCUGUGGGCACAUGGCUGGGCCUGCUUAACGGCCGGCUGGGCUCCUUCAAGUUCAUCUACGUGGAUGUGCUGCCUGAGGAGGCCGUGGGGCCCGCCCGCCCGAGCCGCAGGCAGAGCAAGGGCAAGAGGCCCAAGCCCAAGACCCUGCACGAGCUGCUGGAGCGCAUCGGCCUGGAGGAACACACGUCCACCCUGCUGCUCAAUGGCUACCAGACAUUGGAGGAUUUCAAAGAGCUGCGGGAAACACACCUCAAUGAGCUGAACAUCAUGGACCCACAGCACCGAGCCAAGCUGCUCACUGCGGCCGAGCUGCUGCUGGAUUAUGACACGGGCAGCGAGGAGGCUGAAGAGGGCGCAGAGAGCAGCCAGGAGCCGGUGGCACACACCGUGUCAGAGCCCAAGGUGGACAUCCCGAGAGACUCGGGCUGCUAUGAGGGCUCGGAGAGCGGUCGCGAUGAAACGGAGCUGGCUGUCACCGAGGAGCAGCUGCAUGGCCUCUCCUUGGCUGAAGCAUUGUGA